AGCCAGCGCUCAUUAGACGAGGCCGCGUAGUAAGGUAGGGUGUAGCUGUGUUAUGUGUGCCAUGGACUCAGCCCAGUAAUAUUGACAAUAGGGCGAAAAGAGAUCGCCCCGAAUUAAACAAGAGUAAAAAAAGAGGAAUAUAAGAAAGAAAUAAACGAGCGCUAGUGCUGCGCUUUCAGCAAGCUAUUCCGCCAACGAGCCAGGCACGUGAUUGAGCUCGCUUCGUCCUUUUAUAUGUUAAUGGGACGCGGCGGAUUACUUAGUUAGGAGGUAAAAGGUGCUGGCGGGUCUGGCUGUGUCGGAAAGGCCGCGGGGAGGGGCUGACCGCACCGGACCGAGAAACACCUUGGCGUAAAUACCACGAAGCAGGCUCGCCCGCUGCCGUCAUCUCCGCUCCGAAGCACGGAGGAUCAAGCAGGGCUAUGUCCUCAGCAGCCACCUCGCCUCCAUCGGUGGACAAAGUGGACGGAUUUUCUCGGAAAUCUGUCAGGAAGGUGAAGCAGAAGCGGUCGCAGAGUUCCUCGCAGUUCCGGUCUCAGGGCAAACCCAUUGAGCUCACGCCGCUGCCCCUCCUCAAAGAUGUCCUGGCCCCGGAACAGCCGGAGCUGUUCCUGAAGAAGCUGCAGCAGUGCUGCACUGUCUUCGACUUCAUGGACACGCUGUCGGACCUCAAGAUGAAGGAGUACAAGCGUUCCACGCUCAACGAGCUGGUGGAGUACGUGACGGUCAGCCGGGGCUACCUGACGGAGCAGGCCUACCCAGAGGUGGUCAAAAUGGUGUCCAACAACAUAUUCCGAACCCUCCCCCCCAGCGACAGUAACGAGUUUGACCCUGAAGAGGACGAGCCCACGCUGGAGGCCUCCUGGCCACACCUGCAGCUGGUGUAUGAAUUCUUCAUACGCUUUUUGGAGAGUCAGGAGUUCCAGCCCAGCAUUGCCAAAAAAUACAUUGAUCAGAAAUUUGUGUUACAGCUCCUGGAGCUGUUUGACAGUGAGGACCCCCGGGAGAGGGACUACCUGAAGACAGUCCUGCACAGAAUUUACGGGAAGUUCCUGGGGCUGCGGGCUUUUAUACGAAAACAGAUAAAUAAUAUUUUUCUACGUUUUGUUUAUGAAACUGAGCACUUCAACGGUGUGGCUGAGCUGCUGGAGAUCCUGGGAAGCAUCAUCAACGGCUUCGCUCUGCCGCUGAAGGCCGAGCACAAGCAGUUCCUGGUGAAAGUGCUGAUCCCCCUGCACACGGUCAGGAGCCUAUCGCUGUUCCAUGCACAGCUGGCCUAUUGCAUUGUACAGUUCCUAGAAAAGGACCCAGCACUCACAGAACCGGUCAUCAGGGGCUUGCUGAAGUUUUGGCCAAAGACGUGCAGUCAGAAGGAGGUGAUGUUCCUGGGGGAGCUGGAGGAGAUCCUGGACGUGAUUGAGCCCACGCAGUUUGUCAAAGUCCAGGAGCCGCUCUUCAAGCAGAUCUCCAAGUGCGUCUCCAGCCCACAUUUCCAGGUGGCAGAAAGGGCUCUCUACUAUUGGAACAAUGAGUACAUCAUGAGCCUGAUAGAGGAGAAUUCCAGUGUCAUCCUACCCAUUAUGUUCACCAGCCUCUACCGGAUCUCCAAAGAACACUGGAACCAGGCCAUUGUGGCUUUAGUGUACAAUGUGCUGAAAGCCUUCAUGGAGAUGAACAGCACCCUGUUUGACGAGCUGACGUCCACGUACAAGUCGGACCGCCAGCGUGAGAAGAAGAAGGAAAGGGAACGAGAGGAGCUGUGGAGGAAGCUAGAAGACCUGGAGCUGAAGCACGGCCUUGGCACCGACGGGAUCAUCCCCACUUAACACAGCGCCUCCUGCAGGCAGACAGACAGAAUGACAGUUUGCCCCCCCCCCACCCCAUAUUGUGCGACUUAAUUUACCAUAGAUUCACAUGUCUAUUUCGUUAUUUCAGAAGCACUGUAAAUAUCUUUUUCUUUGUCCCUUAAAAUGGUAAUAAACCGAAAUAACAAAAAAAAAAUGUAAAUGAGAUGGUUUAAAAAAAACCUGAGAGAAGCAAGUUGGGCUGUAGGACUGGAGUUUGAAAACAUCCAUAAAAAAAUUAAAGACAAAAAAUAAGAAACGGGAAAAGCAGCUGAUGGCGGCGCACUCCUCUGCCUCUGACUCUCAGUAUGCCUGCCUGUUCACUGCUGUGGGACGUGUCCUGCGUAAGAUGCCAUUGGGGGCCACCUUGGAUGCAUGCUCCAUUCCUUGAGCGCUUAUUACCACACAGAGACUGCUGCUGGAAAGAUGAGAAUGGAAGGCCCCCCCCCUGCCUCAGGAGAGAGACCCUUGUGUUUGUUUGGGAUUAGCGCAGUCUGCAUCAUCACUGCAUCAUCACUGAAGUACCCCCCCCCCCCCCCCGUUCGCUAAGGGCACAUGGAUAUGCUCCAGUCACCCCACUCCUAACCCGCCCUGAUCCUGGACUUGCUCCUCUGAACGGGGUACCGGUCUGGUACUGGCCCCACCUUUUGGGAUCCUGCGGAAGCAGAAUGUAGUAACAGCAACCUUGUGCCCAAACAGAUCCCAGGUCAGUGCCAUUUCAUCAGCAGGGAACCUACAGAAGAGGAACUCGUCGUUCCCAAAUCAGUGGUGGUCUGUCCAAGACUGGUAUUGUGAAAAGAAACACUACUUGUGUCAAUUCUUCACAGUAUUAAAAACCUGUAUAAUGUUAUUGAAUGCAGUACAUUGAUAUCUUGUAUCUUGUAGUGAUUUAGUUUCUAUUUUCUUAGGAACUUUUGGAGGAGUAUCCCGUAUAUAAAGUGGUAUAUUGGAAUAAGA